GCGCAGUAGCGUCACGUGGAGGCGGAGCGAGAACUCGGGGACAGUUACCACCUAUUUGCAAUUCAAGGAGAAUAUAAGAUAGAGAAGAAAGCUGUGAAUGAAUUUCAUUUGAUUAGCAAUAGUUUGGAUACUCUACUGGUCUUGCGUCUCUACAACCUCUCUUCCACCUGACCCCUAAAUGUUGAAGUGCUUCAGGAAUUGUCUUAGACCUUCCUCCUUACAUACACUUCCUCUCCAAUAUGGAAUUCCCUUCCCCCAGCUGUUGGCAUGUCUAAUUCAUUUGCAUUUUGGGCAUUUCAGCUCAGCUGUCAUCUCAGUUACCAGUUUUUAUCUGAGCAUGAAUCUUGAUGGCUCUGCACAAGAUCCUGAAAAGAGGGAAUAUUCUUCUGUCUGUGUGGGCAGAGAAGAUGACAUUAAAAAAUCUGAAAGAAUGACAGCUGUUGUCCAUGAUAGAGAAGUGGUCAUUUUCUACCACAAGGGAGAAUAUCAUGCUAUGGAUAUUCGCUGUUACCACUCAGGAGGACCUUUACAUUUGGGAGACAUAGAGGAUUUUGAUGGACGACCGUGUAUAGUUUGCCCCUGGCAUAAAUACAAAAUUACUUUGGCAACAGGAGAAGGUCUGUACCAGUCUAUAAACCCUAAAGAUCCAUCAGCAAAACCCAAGUGGUGCUCCAAAGGAGUAAAGCAAAGGAUUCACACAGUGACAGUAGACAAUGGGAAUAUUUAUGUGACUCUUUCUAGUGAACCUUUUAAGUGUGACUCUGAUUUUUAUGCCACUGGAGACUUCAAAGUAAUUAAGAGUUCUUCUCGAUAAAAAAAAUAUAUAGAAAUGAAAAAUAUUGUGUAUGCUUGAAAACAUUUUUAGAAUAACUGCUUCAGCUUUAAAGGUGAUGAAAUUUUUCAACAUAGGCACAACUAUUUAAAACUCAUAUAAAUUUGAGAGGUUUAAGAGCACACAUACUUAGUAUGAUGUAAGGAUUAUCAGGAUCAAUAGAAUACAUUUUAUCUAAUCUUCUGUAUUAAUUAGAACCUGAAGGUUAUAGGAUUGGGAUGUUCUGUUUAAGAAGGAUGAAAAUAAAUU